ACUUACCUGCAGACCUCCACGCAGCCUGGGAAGCAUGGGAGAAGGAGUUACCCAAUCUUCAGUCUAUUACCAUCCCCCGAUGCUAUACCCCAGCAGAUAGACCCGAUGUCAUUACUCAGGAUCUGCAUGUCUUCUGCGAUGCUUCUGAGCGAGCAUAUGGAGCAGUUGCCUAUCUGCUCAAUGAGUAUAAGGAGGAAUGCCACACUACCUUUGUCAUGGCUAGGUCUAGAGUUGCCCCUAAGAAGCAAUUAUCUAUGCCACGUCUGGAGUUGUGUGGUGCUUUAGCUGGCGCUCAACUAGCCAAACUCCUUCAGAAAGAGCUUAGCAUCACUCUCCGUCACACUACCUUGUGGACAGAUUCCACCACCGUUUUGGAAUGGCUGCAAUCCGAAUCCUGCCGCUUUAAGGUGUUUGUGGGCUUAAGAGUGGCAGAAAUUCAAGACCUCACAGACCUUCAUUCCUGGCAUUAUGUGGAUUCUUCCAAUAACCCUGCAGAUGACAUUACCCGAGGAAAAACUCUUUCUGACAUAUCCCAGCAUAAUUGCUGGAGGAAUGGACCUCCCUUCCUUAAGCAACCACAUGACAGUUGGCCUAUGUGGCCUAAACAUACAGUCAAGCCAGACCCCACUGAACUCAGAGGUCUCACUUUUUGCUGCCUGACAACCAUUGAAACUCGGAGUCAGCAACAACUGAAUCUCACACAGGACUCAUGGAAAGACCUAGUACAAGUCCGCUAUGAUAACCUCAACAAGCAGACCUCUGAGAGUUCACCAGCACCAACCUAUGGGGAUGCUGAGAUCAGAUUGCUUAAACAGUGUCAAGCGGAAAGUUUUCCAAGGGAGCAGAAGUCCUUGCAAACUGGCAAACCUCUUCCUCGGAACAGCAAGCUCAGAGCUCUUGCCCCUGAACUCGAUAAGCUAACAGGCCUCAUAAGAGUUGGUGGAAGGCUACGGAACUUUCAAGGGUCUCUUGAGAUUCCUGUGCACCCUGUUGUGUUGGAUCCUUCACACCCAGUCACUAAACUGCUUGUUAAGGACUUUGAUGACCGUUUUCUCCAUUCUGGCCCCGAGCGUGUCUUUGCUGAAAUCCGUAGACACUACUGGAUUCUCCGUGGGAGGCAGGCUGUAAAACGUCAUCAAUCAUCCUGUCCCGCUUGCCAGCGAUGGCGAGCGAAGCCUAAAGUCCCCCUUAUGGCCGAUCUUCCACCUGCCCGUCUUAGGCUAUUAAGCCCUCCAUUCCUUUCUACAGGAGUAGACUGCUUUGGGCCUUUCAUGGUCAAAAUCGGACGGCGUAGUGAAAAAUGCUGGGGUGUCAUAUUCAAGUGCAUGACGACCAAGGCAGUACACCUCGACCUCCUCAACUCUCUGGACUCUGAUGCAUUCCUCCUUGCUCUCAGGAGGUUUAUAUCCCGCCGAGGUAAACCUAUGGACCUACAUUCUGACAGGGGCACAAAUUUCCGUAGGGCUGAAAGGGAGCUUCAAGAAGCAUUUCAUGCAAUGGAACCCGAACUUCAACAGAAACUCGGUGACUAUCAACUCACGUUCAAGUUCAAUCCUCCAAACUCUCCUCAUUUUGGAGGUAUCUGGGAGAGAGAGAUUCGAUCAGUGAAGAAUGCACUUCGAGUUGCAGUGGGUCACCAACCAGUGUCUGAGGAUGUACUUAAUACUGUGCUGAUAGAGGUGGAAGGAAUCCUUAAUUCAAAACCUUUGGGAUACAUCUCCUCAGAUGUGGCUAACCUGGACCCAGUUACACCAAACAUGCUGAUCAUGGGGCGGCGAGACUCCACCUUACCCCAAGUAACCUACGCUCCUGAGUCCAUGGGGCGGCGCCGAUGGCGCCAGAGUCAAAUCCUGGCAGAUCAGUUCUGGUCACAGUUCAUUCGGGAUUACCUCCCUACCUUGCAACCACGGAACAAAUGGCUAACUGCGACAGAUAACCUGGAGGAGGACACAGUAGUCCUUGUUAUGGAUCCUCAACUGCCCCGAGCCCAGUGGCUCAUUGGAAAAGUAAAAAAGGCCCAUCUCAGUCCGGACGGACGGGUCAGAUCUGCGGACAUCUUGAUUCAGGACCGGACCUACACCAGACCAGUCGCACGGCUUAUCCCGUUGCCCUCACUGCCACCUUGACAACUUUAAGGAAUUCUGUUCUCAGUCACAGAAGCUGGGCUCCUGUGGGGGCGGCUGUUGUAAAUUCUUUCAUUGUCAAAUGGCAGCCUCUGCCAUGGACAGGAUAACCUAAAAUCAUUCCCCUGCCUGCUGGCCAAUUACACACAGGUGGCCUCAAUCCACUGAGGCCAUUCAUUCCCCUCCCCCUGAUUGCCAACUGCAGUCAGGUGUGUUUCUUCAAAGACUAUAUAAGGCCCACAGCAGAACCAGCAGAGCUCUCUGCUGCAUCAUCCAACCCUCAUGCCAUGCGUCCCUGCGAAUAAACCAUGGUUUGGAUGCCAAUAAACCCCCUUAAACUGA